UCGCAGGAUUGGGGAGGCCGCGCAGCGCUGCCGCUAUGAGCCUGGGCACCACAGAUCUGGCCUCGGAGACGGGAGAUGACAGUCUGUCUGCUAUUACCUUUGAUUCUGACGUUGAGUCGAAAACAAAAAGAAAAAAUUUCCACAAACCUCCUUCUACAUCACCAAAGUCGCCUUACUACUCCAAGCCCAAAAAAGUGACCUCCUGGCGAUCUCUGAAGACAGCAGGGAGCAUGCCUCUGAGUAGCAGAAUGUCCUUGACCCCACAGAAGCUGUGGCUGGGAACCUCGAAACAAGGUCACGUCUCUGGGACUUCCGUCUACAGAGAGAAAGAGGACAUGUACGAUGAGAUCAUCGAGUUGAAGAAGUCCUUACAUAUGCAGAAAAGUGAUGUGGAUCUGAUGAGAACAAAACUUCGGCGCUUGGAAGAGGAGAACAGCAGAAAGGAUCGGCAGAUCGAACAGCUUCUGGAUCCAGGUCGAGGCCCCGACUUCGUGCGAACCUUGGCAGAGAAGAAGCCUGACACUGGCUGGGUCAUCACGGGCCUCAAGCAAAGGAUCUUCAGGCUGGAGCAGCAGUGCAAGGAGAAGGACAACACUAUCAACAAACUGCAGACGGAUAUGAAGACCACCAACCUGGAAGAGAUGCGCAUCGCCAUGGAGACAUACUACGAAGAGAUCCAUCGUCUGCAGACCCUCCUGGCGAGUUCUGAAGCCACAGGAAAGAAGCCCAUGGUGGAGAAGAAGUUGGGUGUGAAGAGGCAGAAGAAGAUGAGCAGUGCCCUGCUCAACUUAACCCGGAGCGUGCAGGAGCUGACGGAGGAGAACCAGAGCCUGAAGGAGGACCUGGACCGCAUGCUGAGUAACUCCCCCACCGUCUCCAAAAUAAAGGGUUACGUGGACUGGAGCAAGCCCCGGCUGCUGAGACGCAUCGCAGAGCUAGAAAAGAAAGUGAGUUCCUCAGAAAGCCCAAAGCAGUCUGCUUCAGAGCUGGGCAAGCCAAAUCCCUUGGUCCGCUCCCCAUCCAACGUCUCAGUGCAAAAACAGCCAAAAGAGGACCAGUCCAAAGAGGACCAGCCCAAAGUGGAUCCGUCUGAGGACCAAGAGCAUCUCCAAGGAGCCCUGAAGAGCCUGAAAGAGGAGCUGAGUGCACUGCAGGAGCAACUGCUGGAGAAAGACCUGGAGAUGAAACAGCUGCUACAGUACAAGGUCGACCUAGAGCAGGAGCUGGAGACAGCUAGGGAAAGCGUGAAGAGGAGGCAGGAGCAGGAGCAGGCUUGGAGGGAGGAAAUUGAAGCACUCACCAAAAAGUGUCAAGAACUGGAAGAAGCUAAGAGACAAGAAAGAGACUCCUUCAUAGCAAUGACUCAUGAGGCUCACCCAGAACUCCAAGCACCCUCAACCUGCAGCAAGCACUCAGAGCCACACUCCGACAACAGUGCUGGUGAGGAAGGCAGCUCCCAACCCCCUGCCCUGUGCUCCGAAGAGAGGAGAGAGGCUGCCAUCAGGACUCUGCAGGCCCAGUGGAAGGCCCAUAGGCACAAGAAAAGAAAAGCAGCUUUGGAUGAGGCAGCGACUGUGCUCCAGGCGGCCUUCAGGGGACAUCUAGCUCGUUCAAAGCUUGUACGAAGCAAAGCCCCAGACUGCAGGUCUCCGAGCCUGCCGGGCCCUCCUAGCCCUCUUAACCAGAGCUCUCCUACUCCCCGUGUCCCAAGCCCCGUCUCCCCAGCUGAGGACAACCCAGCACAGGAGGAGGCCAUUGUCGUCAUCCAGUCCAUCCUCCGUGGAUACCUGGCCCAGGCCAGGUUCAUUGCCAACUGCUGCCGAAAGAUAGCCGUGUCCUCUCAGAGGGGAGCUGUUUCAGUGACACCCUCAGAGUCUGCCUCCCCACCCUCCCUCGCAGCUUCUCCAGGAGAGGGCAGCGAGGCGAGCGGUGGGGAGGCUGCUGAGGAUGAAGAUGAGGCAGAGGAGCCGCCAGACCUGCAGCCCUACUCAGGAGCAAUCGGUGUGGGGCUCUAUGCCGAGGAGGAGCAGAGGGAGACGGUCACAUUUGAACCUGCUCCCUCAGUCCCCAACUCCACCCGAGGGGGCUGCGGGGACUGCCUGUCCCCAUCCAGUCUGGAGGCUGUGCCCAGUGUGAAGGAGGUGAUGUGUGAGGAAAGGAGCAGCAGCAGUGGAAGUGCAGGGCCGUCCCUGGCUGAGCCCUGUCCCCCAAGACUGCAGCCCUUGUCACCGCCACCCGUGGAGGACGUCUGCUCGGAUGACUCAGAUGACAUUAUCUUUUCGCCAUUUCUGCCCAGGAAGAAAAGCCCCUCCCCAUUCUAGGACCCCAGUCAUUGCCUCCAGGUGAGGUGGCUGUGGGGACAAGUUAGAGAACUCUGACUCUAAGAAGAUGGCUAUCUUGCUGGGGAAGAGCCCUGCCUCGCUCGGGAACACCUCAGCCAUCCAUUUUCUUAUGUGUCGUGCCCGUGCCUUUGAGGGAUCCUGGUGGCUCUGUGCUCUCUGGGGAUGGAGGGAAGAACGGAAGGAGGGAGGGUGGCUACCUCCCACUUCCAUGUCUGGCCUCCCAGGGCAGCGGCGAGUCCUGCAAAGAUGAGAACUUGCCCUCAACCUUGGCACUGUCAGCUGCCAUGUAGGCCUAGCCUUCCUGGUCCGCUGCUGCCCAGUGCCUUAACAGGUGCUACAGCUAAGUCUCCCUUGCCCACAGCAGGAUGCAGUCAUAGGAGAGCCAGCAAGAAGCUGUGGACAUCAGGGCUCCCAACUGAGUCCCUGUCACAUGGGCUCCUUAUUCCUCCUGUUCUUAUCCCCCACCACCUCCACCCCCACCCCAGGAGCAUGAACUCUGGGAAGAGUACCAGGCAGCAGCAACACAGAAUGGUACAGCCACUAAUGAGAAGCGGCCCGAGGAUGGCUCAGGUCACCCAGACACAAGGCAGACAGCAGGGCCGGGAGGCAGCCCAUUGUCCCAGAGGAGAUAAUGUCUCAGGGAAGGACAAAUUCCAGUCCGAGCCUGUCACUGGUAGUGCAGAGGUACCUGCAGACCACCAGUGCCAUCUGGCCCACGAAUCAUUCAGCAGCUUGAGGUGUUGGCCCCUUGUCUGUGAAAUUAGCUCCUGUCAGUGGGUGAGAAUGAGGGACUUCGGGCUUGGGCAGGGUUUUAGAAGUACCCAGAGUGAGCAGUCAUGAGUUGGGGUAGGGUUCCAUGUAGCUUAGGCCUGCUGCCCAAGUGUGCCCUGGAGAGUGCCUGUUGGACUGGCCACUGGUUUUCUCCAUAGGUCACUGGAGAUGGAACUUCCGGGUUCCAUAGAACUGGCAUUUGUCUCAGGAAAGACCUAAUGUUAUAAGGUUCCUUCUUGAACUAGACAGUGGGAACACCCAAAAGGUUUGCUUUUAGGGACCAUUUAAUUCCUGGCCUCCUUCUCCACAAAACACCUGCCUGAUAUGGCACACAGCAGGCUGGGCAUGGGAGACCCAGGAAGUGAGCUGGACUUGGCAGUUAGUGACCAGGAAGGGGGCCCAGCUUUGUCUACCUGCUUCCUGGAAGGUUUAAGUACCCCUAAUAUUGUGAUGGGACCAGGGGCAGCUGCCUACCCAUUUUUCUCCACCAGGGGGCAAAAAAACAACUCAGCCAGGACCCUGGCUGGCUCUUUUGGCCUGUAGGCUGCCUGCCAAGUUAGUUUCUCAGUGAACUGAUGGCUACUUUACUCACAUGGCAGCCGACUGGAGCCCUUGUAGAUCUGCUUCCAUGUCAGAAUUUGGCUCUGUUCCCUGUGAUUGAUGCCACCACUUGAAGCUUCAGAUCCCACCCUCUAAGACCUAAGACAGCGGCUACAGGUGGCCCUCGUGUGCCUGUACCUUCCCUGGGGCCAGCAGGGGUCUGCAUACCGCCCCCUGCCCCCCUCCCUUGUUUAACAGCAGCCAUUUGUGCACUGAGUGUUCUGAGUGAGCAAGCAGUCACAAGUUGGGGUGGGGUGUCUGCACCUUCACCCAAGGGAGUGCUCCACCUCAGGAAAAGGGGCUAUGCAAGAUGGCACCCCAGCUGCAGGGCAGGACCAACCUGUACACCCAGCCUGGCUAGUAGGUAGUGAGGUCUGAUCAGCCCCUGCACCUGGGUUUUCUGAGAACAUGCCUCUGAAAAACAGGGAAGCUGUAACCCUCCUGUGCUUUGGUGCAGCAGCCAAUCUAUUAAAGGCCAACCCUGUCUUAAAGCUGCCCCAGUAAAUGUGGGUGCCUGAAGCCUCUGGCUUUGGCAGGUGUCCUGUGUCCUCUGCACUCCACCCACGCGCCAUUGCCAGAGCAGAUUGCCCCUGGCUUAUCUGAAUCAGAGAAAGCGCCUGGGGGAGGGGCAUGGUAGCCUGUCUGGGGUCUGGGGGCAGUGCAGUGAGCUCCCCCUGACCUCUCCAGGAGCUGAUGUGGGAACUGGAAGUCCUGCCGGCCUGAACCUCACCUGAUAUGUAAGACAGAGUCCAUGUGCUUGGCUUGGUUUUGUAGGUAAAGUUUCCCACGCCUGACUGGCCGGCUAGGGCCAUUGACAAAACCAAAACUACAGAGGGAUGAGGUCUAUGCCAACCGCCAGGGACUAUGGUAGGAUCGGGGGAGGAGCAGAGGCCGUGGCUGGGCCAAGCCUUCUGAGAGUGUGACUAGUCUGGGACACAGUCAGCUGUGGCCUGUGAACUGUAAGUGGGGCCUUAGGAAGCAGCACAAUUUAUCCCUGGGGGUAGUAGGAAUGGAGACAUUUCUGAGGGCCUUAGACCUCAGUAUUCAGAACCAAAGCGGGCCCAGGUAUGUGCACUGAAACGGGUAAGUGACGUCACUGUGCCCCAUAGCACCACCUCCACAUCACCUUGAGGCUUAAAGAACAGGAGUGAGCCUUCUGUGUAGGCUGGUAGGUAGUUCAUCUCUA